AUGAAGCAUCAGAAAAAAAAAACCGCCAAAAGGAGCAUCUGGAGAUUGGGGACAGGAACGACAGACAUUGAAAUUCAACACAGACAAGUCCCUGUCCCGCUGUUCAAAAGCCUCAUUAUCUUUGUCAGGCUGGACUACCUCAAGUAUUACUUUCCAUCUCAAAAGCCACAGCACAGAGAGGACCCCUUGUUCCUGCCCGACGCUUGGGCGAUUUACGAUGAUUUUCCAACUGGCAUCUUCUCCACUCAGAAACAAAGUAGAGUGCCAGCUGUUUGCCGGCCAGGCCACGGGGACAGCACGGAAGGAGAAACAACCUGGGGCUGGGUCAACUAUCCACCCAUGCCCAAAGGCCAAGGAAAGUCCACCUGCAAAGUGCUUGCGUACUCGGCUUCCUUUCUCCAAAAAAAAGUCAAAACUUGGGAUGAAUAUGAGACUGGCAGAACGAUAUUACUGUUGCGGUACGGAGUACAGAUAAUAGCAGCAAGCAGCAGUCUCAAGCUCUGGUUAGGUGUUCGUGACCGAUCUGAUUGCAUUGAAGGCCGGGAAAGCAGGAAUCCGACCUCCAAUUUCCACGUCUCAUCCAUGAUCCAUGGGAUGAAGAAAGGCACGCCCGUGGCCCAACAGCGCCUGUGCCCAGACGGCGGAACCAGAGACAGCGCCAAAGCCAGUAUCAGAUGGACUGAGAUGGAAUGGGGCCAAAUGGGAAAUGGGAGGAAGCCAUCCACCCAUUCUUGUCUAUGGCAUCCUGGUCACAAUUCAGACCUGGACACGCUGGGGCAGAUGAACAACUUGCGCCUCAGGCACACACGGCACAAUCCAAAAUUUGGGCGACCCCCAAUCUCAUUCUCAGAUACGCUUCACCCCAGCUUCUCCCUUGCCUUCUGCUAUGCCCUGCUGUCGCUGCAGGCUUCACACCCCCUUCAUCCUCUUGGCCACUUUUACCUGCAGCGAGACCCCGUGGACCUGCAGGACAUCCACAUCACCGCCCGCGGCCUCUUCAUGAAUCUGUCCAUCCAGAGGGUGUCAUUCGUCCACACUGUCGACGGCCAAUCGUGCCUAUGGCAUGCCGAAAAAGAAGCGGACCGACCACCUACCAUGGAGACUAUGCAAGCUGCGUCACCACCUCAUCAGCUAUGGUCCAACACGUCGCGGGAUUGCUCGACCAGUGAAGCGACAAGUUUGCAGUCUGGCAGCCGGCCUUGCCGUGUCUCGGGUCUGACUUGUCUUGCCCCCAAACUCCCUGCGUCGGACAAAUCGCUGAUCUGCCUCACGCAGAUCCUGCAGCAAAAACCAGACGGUGGCAGAGAGAGGCAAACGUGGGAAGAUGAUUUUAAGGCACAGAAACCGCCGGCAAACACCAUUGACGCCCGCCACUUCAAUUUGCCGGACCAAGCCACACUUCCCAAUAUCUCCUACGCUGUUAACAGCAUUCUCCUCGUCGCUCUGAACUUGGCGGUGCUUUCAUGUCGAGCUAGCAGAAUCGCCGAAUCCCAUGGCCGUAACUUAUAG